CUAAGAAGAUGCUGGGAAAAAUUCCCGCUUCAUGGUUUUGAUAUUCUUCAGACCAUUGUAGAGAUCGGGAAUGAUCCCAGACUUCGAUGCAAGUGCAGGUCGCGAGAGAUACAGUACAUUACCAGCUGGCUGGGAUUCCAAUAGCAUUUGAGGUACCAUAAUGUCAGUUCCUCUGGCGAAUAUAUUAAUCUUCGAAAGUUCUGAUGGUGGAACAGGGGUUAUGACAUAGAACAACUUCUUGUCCAAAUCAAUAGCUCUUAUUAUGCCGUAGCCAUGACACUUCAAAAGCGGUGAUCCUUUGCAUAUGACAGAUAUCAGUGGAAGAGCAUCAAUCCCAAGAACUCGCCUCGUAUUCAACGGCUGAUCUUCUAAACUUGAGCACAAUGCAACAAUUUGUACAUUCAGUGUGGCCAAGAAAUAUCGAUCAUCAACGUAGGAGUAGUCCUCCGGAAUACAGACAGUAAUGCGCUCGAAUUUUACGCAGUAAGGGGUUGCGUCACAAAUAGCAGAAAGAACCGGCCGAGGAAGAACAGAUGAAAAGUAGGAAACAAUUGCAAGAUCCCGUAACUGAUACGACAUAAGACGUGCGGGUUUAAUUGUGUUUCCAGGAGUAGUCAAGUGGUUGUAAUAAGAAGAGUACUUGUUGGUGAUGUGAACGACUAUUGGGACCCAAUCCGGGAUAGUGAACGACCCUCGAUCUUGCGAUAAAAUGAGUGCAAGGGUUGGUCGAGAGACAUCGAAUAUAUGGCUGAGAAUCUGACUACCCAACCCGUCUAUCCAACCCAAAGUGUUGACUAUUAAUAGAGAUCCUGGCUCGCUUCUGGUUUGAAACUCGUUCAGUAAACGAUCAAAGAUUUCCUUGUAUCUAACCACAUCGUCGGCAGGAGUAAUGUUACCAUAAAAGUAACAACAUGGAUAGAUUUGCGCCUGAUGUGUGCACGGAACAUCAAGGAUGGGAUCAGACAUUUUCCAAAGAGACAAACAACCAGGAGGUGUAAACUCGCUUUGUCCAACAUCUGUGUCAAGAAGAUAAAUCGGGUGUCCUUCGCUAAGGUUAGUGUUAACAAGAUGUCUGACGAGAGUAGAUUUACCGGCUCCCUGACUUCCAAUCGGCACAAUAACACAACGUGCUCCCUCCGCUGUAAUUUCGAUUUGAAAAUAAGAAAGUCAAUAUGA